CAGUAGAUUUCAUUCUUGCCUACAAAAUAAAAAGUCCUACUCCUACCUCCUUUAUUCGUUAAAAUUACCUGUGAGAAUCACAGAAUUCUGAAAAAAAAUAAUGACAAUUUCGGAACUGUUCCUGAAAGACUCGCGGCACGCAACUGUCUGGACUGGUGUGCAGUGAAGCCGAAGGAAAAUGAUAGUGGUUGUUGUCCUUACAGUUACCUUGAGCAGCUCCGGUGUCCUCCGCUCUCACUGCCCCUAUUUCCACAGCCACCCUUCAUUUUCUCUCUCCCGCAAUCUCUAACUAUAUCACUUUCUCUCUCUUACACUGUCCCGUGCUUUCCCUUCCCUUCUUGCUCCUGUAGUUGCUGCAUCCCUUUCCCGUCCUGAAACUUCUCUCAACUCUCCUGCCAGCGUUGAGGACGGCUUUCCCAGCUCCUGGAUCUUUUCCUCUCGCUGAACCGUUCAUACUGCGGGAGCUCUCUCCCCUUCAUUUUCCGUCUCUCCUUUUCUGGGCUGCUUCCCAAUGGAAGCAGGGGAAGAUUGUUGCGUCAAGGUUGCUGUCCAUGUCCGACCGCUCAUCAGUGAUGAAAAGCUUCAGGGAUGUAAAGACUGUGUCAUUGUCGUCCCUGGGAAGCCUCAGGUGCAAAUUGGUGCUCAUUCCUUCACAUUUGAUCAUGUUUACGGGAGUACUGGUUCUCCUUCAUCCUCUAUGUUUGAAGAAUGUGUCGCUCCCCUUGUUGAUGGUUUAUUCCAAGGAUAUAAUGCUACUGUUCUCGCAUAUGGUCAGACAGGUUCAGGGAAAACAUACACCAUGGGUACUGGUUUUAAAGAUGGUUGCCAAACAGGCAUAAUACCCCAAGUCAUGAAUGUUUUGUUCAGCAAAAUUGAGACUUUAAAGCAUCAGAUUGAAUUUCAAUUGCAUGUUUCCUUCAUUGAGAUUCUUAAAGAAGAAGUACGAGACUUGUUGGAUCCUUCUUCCAUGAGCAAGCAAGAAGCUGCUAAUGGACAUGCAGGAAAAGUGACCGUCCCUGGGAAACCUCCCAUACAAAUUCGUGAGACAUCAAAUGGUGUUAUUACACUAGCUGGAUCUACUGAAGUUAGUGUUUCAACACUGAAAGAAAUGGCUGCUUGGCUGGAACAAGGGUCAUUGAGCAGAGCUACUGCGAGCACAAAUAUGAAUAACCAAUCCAGUCGUUCACAUGCCAUUUUCACCAUCACAUUAGAGCAAAUGCAUAAACCCAAGGCUGUUAUGCCUGGCGAGAACGGUUUAAAUGAGUCAAUUAAUGAUGAGUAUCUUUGUGCUAAGUUGCACCUCGUGGAUCUUGCUGGCUCAGAACGAGCUAAAAGAACAGGCUCUGAUGGUCUGCGUUUUAAGGAAGGAAUUCAUAUUAACAAGGGCCUCCUGGCACUUGGUAAUGUUAUUAGUGCACUUGGUGAUGAAAAGAAGCGAAAGGAAGGUGUUCAUGUUCCUUACAGGGAUAGUAAACUUACUAGGCUUUUGCAGGAUUCACUCGGUGGUAACAGCAGAACUGUUAUGAUAGCCUGCAUAAGUCCUGCUGAUAUUAAUGCUGAGGAAACCCUCAACACUUUGAAGUAUGCAAAUCGUGCACGCAAUAUUCAAAAUAAACCUGUUGUCAACAGAGAUCCCAUGUCCAGCGAAAUGCUGAAAAUGAGACAACAGCUAGAGUAUUUGCAAGCAGAACUUUGUGCUCGUGCUGGGGGCUCUUCUGAGGAAGUUCAGGUCCUCAAGGAAAGGAUUGCUUGGCUUGAAGCUGCUAAUGAGAAUCUUUGCCGCGAACUUCACGAAUACCGUAGCAGAUGUUCUGUUGUAGAACAAUGUGAAAAGGACGCUCUUGAUGGUAGCCCAUGCAUUGUUAAGACUGAUGGGCUCAAGAGGAGCUUUCCUAUCAUAGCAUCUGAUUAUUCAGUGAAUGAAACAACAGCAGGUGAUCCAAGAGAGAUUGAAGAAGUGGCAAAAGAAUGGGAGCACACACUUCUGCAAAAUAGUAUGGAUAGAGAGUUGCACGAGUUAAAUAAACGCUUGGAGCAGAAAGAGACUGAAAUGAAGCUUUUUGGAGCAUCUGAUGCUGAAGUACUCAAGCAUCACUUUGGAAGGAAAAUAAUGGAGUUGGAGGAUGAGAAGAGAGCUGUCCAGCAAGAAAGGGAUCGUCUAUUAGCUGAGGUUGAAAAUCUUUCUGCUAAUUCUGAUGGACAAACACAGAAAUUAGAGGAUGUCCAUGCCCAAAAAUUGAAAUCACUUGAAUCACAGAUUCUGGAUCUGAAGAAGAAACAAGAGAGCCAGGUUCAGCUUAUGAAGCAGAAGCAAAAAAGUGAUGAGGCAGCGAAGAGACUGCAAGACGAAAUACAAUCUAUAAAAGCCCAGAAGGUUCAAUUGCAACAAAGGAUUAAACAAGAGGCAGAGCAAUUUCGGCAGUGGAAGGCUUCUAGAGAAAAAGAACUCCUGCAAUUACGAAAGGAAGGAAGGAAAAAUGAGUAUGAAAGACAUAAGCUACAAGCUUUAAAUCAGCGCCAGAAAAUGGUCCUUCAAAGAAAGACUGAAGAAGCUGCCAUGGCCACCAAGAGACUAAAGGAGUUGUUAGAAGCUCGGAAAUCUUCCAGCCGAGAUACUUCAUCUAUUAUCAACGGAAGUGGAACAAAUGGACAGAGCAAUGAGAAGUCCUUACAACGGUGGCUUGAUCAUGAGCUAGAAGUCAUGGUGAAAGAGCAUGAAGUCCGUUUUGAGUAUGAGAAGCAGAGCCAAGUGCGAGCUGCUCUUGCUGAAGAGUUAGCCAUACUGAAGCAAGUGAAUGAAUUUGCUGCAAAGGGCCUCACUCCUCCAAGAGGAAAGAAUGGUUUUGCUAGAGCAUCCUCCAUGUCACCAAAUGCAAGAAUGGCUAGAAUAGCUUCGCUGGAGAACAUGCUGAGCAUAUCAUCUAAUUCACUAGUGGCAAUGGCUUCUCAACUUUCUGAAGCAGAAGAAAGAGAACGAGCUUUUACUAAUCGCGGACGCUGGAACCAACUGCGCUCAAUGGGAGAAGCCAAGAAUUUGCUUCAAUAUAUGUUCAAUUCUGUUGCAGAUGCUAGAUGCCAACUGUGGGAGAGAGAUAUGGAGAUCAGGGAAAUGAAAGAACAAAUUAAAGAACUUGUAGGCCUAUUACGGCAGAGUGAGAUGAAGCGAAAGGAAACUGAGAAGGAGCUGAAAUUGAGAGAUCAAGCGCUUGCAACCACAUUGGCUACACCAGCUUCUGGGAACUCACCAAAUUCAGUGAAACACUACGUUGAAGAUAUGAAUGGAUCGUUAUCUCCGGUGUCUGUGCCAGUACCAAAACAGCUCAAGUAUACCCCAGGAGUCGUUAAUGGCCUCGCAGGGGAAUCCGCAGCAUUUAUAGAUCAGAGUAGAAAGAUGGUACCCAUGAGGCAACUAUCAAUGAAAAAACUAGCAUUUGUAGGACAAGCUUCAGGGAAGUUGUGGAGGUGGAAAAGAAGUCACCACCAAUGGUUAGUACAAUUCAAGUGGAAGUGGCAAAAGCCCUGGAGGCUUUCAGAAUGGAUUCGCCACAGUGAUGAGACAAUUAUGAGAGCAAGGCCACGGCCACAGGCCUUGCCACGUCCCCUAUGAACCAUGAGCAUAUACGAUCACCGAACAACUGUCACCUAGUAUUCAUUUUUGGACCAACGAGAGUGAUCAUAGACACAGGACUUUGGAAAGAGCACAACAUUAGUGUAACAUACUAAUUUUAGUAGCCGCUCACCAUACAUACCUAUAGUAUUGGAUAAUGCUAUCCGAAUCUUGGAAACUUGCACAUAAUUACUGGUAGUGGAGCAUCUCGUGAGGUUUGUUGCGAUGUUGCCAGCGGUAACCCAAAUAAUUGCCUGAGUAGGAGGAGACGGGGGCUUGCUGGACAAGUUUUUUUUUUUUUUUUUUUGGCAUAAAUACUCUGUUCAUUCCAACAUGAGUAGAGAAAGGGAAAAAAUUAUUCAUCAAUUCUUGGAAAUGUGUACUACGGGUCUUUUACUCUUAUAUUCCUUGUUGUAAUUGUAAUUUGUUGUUGUCUCGUUGUGUUCGAGUCCAUUAUUGAUUUUGUUGAUAGUUUGUAUACUGUAGUGUUUCUGUUACAUAACAGUAGGGAAUUCUUCUAUAGCUGUUUUUUCGAUUGUUGGGUCUUCAUGUGUGUAAACUGUCAAGAAUUUAUAGUUGUUAUAUAUAUGUAUAUUAUUGAGAGUUA